AUGUUUAGCAACAGCAGUCUACUCCCGGCUCUGGGGAAUGCCUUUGAACACCUGAGAUCUUUGGAGAGGGUGACCCUGACGUUGCGCUGCGUGCACGACGAGAAUGAGAUCGGUAGCAGCCUCAUUGCUGCGAUCGGCAGCUGCAAAGCACUGAAGCAGCUACGAUUGGAUCUGGACACUACGAUGAGCUCGGGAGGUGAAAUGCUGGCAGCUGUGGCCCAGAUGCUGCAUGAACUGGGUCCUGAGCGACGUUUGCAGUCACUGACCUUGGGAUAUAGCUGGUUUUCUGAGGCAUCAGAUGAGACGUUGCAUGAAUUGCAAGCUGCCAUCUCCGUCCUCCCCUUGCACUUCGUUGGCUUGCUGGCACCCCAAGAUCCAGAGAUGGGGUCACUGGAAAAUGCCUGUAGCGUGCUGGGAAGAACUGUGGAAGAAGUGCUGGUGAUGGAUGGCUGGGAUCACGAUGGCUUGGUUUUUCCCGUCUUCCUGGAGGCCUUGUGCCAGUGCCCUCGCUUAAAGCGGCUGCAUUUGAUUGGCGAAGUCCCAGAAAAGCUGGACGUGGAGAGCUUUGAACAAACCUUGAGAGCCCGAGUCAGCGGACUGCCGGAGGUCUGUGUGAACUGUCCGCUGGGCAUCAAGAUCGCCAAUCAUACGACUAGACGCAAUCAACUUGCUGUGCAAGCCAUGUCUGCGUUUCUUUUUGAUUUGCAGAAGAAGACGGAGGAGGUCUUUCAGAACUAUUUCGCCUUAACGCAGGCCGCCAGCGACAAUUUGGCCAAGGAGGUUGAAGCAGUGACAAAGAUUCAAAGCGUCUACAGAGCGUCCAAAAUCCGCAGAAGUUGGCAUGCGGUGGUGGGCAGCACUCUUUUGAUUCAGCGCGCUGUGCGCGGCUGGUCCGGGCGAAGACGUUCCUGGAUCCUGCGAUUCCAACGGCAGAGGCAGUUUCAGGCGCAAUUCUUCCAUCAAGCUGCUGUGGUAAUGCAACGAACUUUCCGCGGAUGGUGGAGCAGAAGGCAUUUGCACGACUUCGGUGGUCGAAAGAGGUAUGUGCAGAAGUUGGCCAAGCGUGGAGAAUGGACCACCACGUACUUGGAUCAUGAGCAUCAGGAGAAAUUGGCAGUUGCCAAGAUGGAGGAAGAGGAGAGGAUGAGGCAGGAGUUUUGCCACGUGGCCGGUGAGAUUCACCACUUGGUUAGCACCAAGAGCAUCCCAGGCAUUUACAAUCCACCCUACAAUGACCACCUGCCUCGAGCCUUCGACAAGCCGAUUGAGUGCCUUGGAGCUGCGUAG